UGCGCUGUCCCUACGUUCUGAACGCCUGGAACAGGGUACAUUUUCUUCCGCAGGGAGUUCCUGAUGUUUCCUUUUAGUCUUCUGAAUCACUGUUGAUAAAGGAGAACAUCAACGUUUGUAUUCAUUACUAUAGACAACCGGCUUGAAAGAUUAUCUCUUGAGCAUUAAAAGAAAGAGACCAGAAUUUUUACCAGGCUAGGGUUUACGAUUGAAAGAUGAUACUAUGAAGAGGGGUCUUUUUUGCAUGAGCAUGCUCGACCGCUGGACAAGAGAUUUGCACGGAGACUCACCAAAGGGAUUGCCUUCAUCAAAAUUUGCGUGUCUCAAAGCUAUCAUCGCGAUUAUUUUGCUCGUUGGUUUUGGCGAAUGUGCUCGUGAUUUAACAAAAUGUGUACCUUAGGUUCCAGAGGAUAUUUUUUUCUUAUCGAUACUGAUGGUUCGCGGCGAAGCCGCUUCAACGAGGCGCGAAGUGCCGAGGAGAAAAAGCUUUUAAUAUCAACCCGUGAGCACGUUUAUUUCAUCUUAGGUAUUGUGAGAACGGACCUCUGGAACCAGGGUACAAAGUGUGUAGUUUACCAAAAAAAAAAAAAAAAACCUCUUACAUGCUCUCCACAAAAGCGAAGUAGACCGGCUUUAACAUACCAGGAGCUACUAUCAAAUUUUAUCUUCCCACUUUACCUGGACGACAGCGCGGGUAUAUGUAGUGCUUGUAGGACUGCGCAGACCUCAUCAAAGUAUAAAGAAAGUGCCGAAACGUUUGUUGAUGUAAGUAAACACUUUCAACCUUCUUUGUUUUGAAAUGGGAAGGAACACACAUAUUUUAAAAAAAUAUCAUUGCAAAUUUCAGCGAGUGGAUUGGAAGUGCGCAAAAGUCAGUGUUCUGUUCAUCAGUGAAUUAAUAAUAUGUUCUACAAUUUUCCUGGCACUUUUAAGCUACAAAAUUAAAGACACACGAGACGUAGAUUAGUCACCUGGUGAGAUGUUGGUGGUAGUAACUCUGUAUGUCUCGAAAAAUAAAGAAAAAAUGAAUAUCAAUGAGGCACAGUCAAAACUGCUUUCAAUAGGACCGAAAUUAAAGUCGAAUCUUAAGACCGAUUUUGAUGAAACAAUCGGUUAGGUUUCCCAAGAAGUACAGUAAACAUGUGAUGCCGACCAAAAGUUAAAAAUUAUCAGAGCACUUACGUUCUGGCUAAAAGCAAACUCCUGUACAAGAUGCGUCACAAUGUUAGUCCACGCAAAAACAAGAACUUCUACAAUUUUCCGAUAAACAAACUUUGUGUGGCUAAAAUACUUUAAAAAGGAACACCUUUCUAUUCCAACUGAUGACAGCGUGGUAGUCGCCCGGUGAUCAUAAUUAAUCCACUCCCGAAAUAUGGCUAAAUAAGCUAUCCACAAAUUAUUGACAGAAAUCCUCUACGGCAUCGAGAAACUAAUUUACAUCCGAUUUAUAGACAAACACUAAAUAAAGAACAUUUUGCUCAAUAUCUACCCAUCAGCAAUGCAUUCUAUGCCAAACUUUGCGGUUCUUGAAGGAGAAUCAAGACACACGUCGAGCGCCAAACAACAACAAGCAGCCAUGUUCGUGUCAGACAUCCUUGACAAACUUGCUUUUUAACCUCGUUCAACGCAUCACUCUUUACUUAUUUUGUACAACGAAGGUCUUUCCUAAGUUUCUGCUACCAUUUGAGUCUCAAGCAAACUUUCAAAGUGAAGAAUUUGACUCCUAUGACUAUGCACCCUGGUCGCAGUCUCUAAUCGCGUGCUCUUUAUCAAGUCUUAGUGCGCAUGCUCAUGCAAAAAAAAGACCCCUGUUAAGAUUAUGCGAACGUUGAACAUUCUUUCCGUAUAGUCAGUAUAGUAGCAUGUAAGUGGCGGUUAUUUACUUAGACACACAGGUGGGUUACAAGUACUCGAAAAUGACGGUGCAAAACAGUCUAUGAGGAAGUAAACACAAUCUUGGGUUACAAAUGUUAAUGCUCGACUAACAUUAUUGGCCUUCGGCAACUGUUUUAAAGUUGAAGUCACGCGAAAGUCCAAAUGAUUUGAGGAAUCCGAUUUCCUCUUAAUCUUGUGAAUGUCAGUUCAACACUGUCUGAAUGUAACGGCAGAAAUUCGAAGUUGCAUAGUUGGUUUCUCUGUAUGUCAGAAAUUGAAAGAGAGAAAAAUUUUGCUCUAAAACUUAUGAUAACCUCAGGUGUACUCUUAAGUUGAACCAUAGUUAGUCAUCAACCUCGAAGCACCAACACAAAACAGUAAUUGAUAUGCAACAAAAUGCGACUGUUUCUUGAACAUCAAGGUACAAUGUUUGUUUGGGCAAAGUUUUUGUAACUAAUCUUUAACAUUGCGUGGCACAUUUGUGUUUUUGUGGAGCUAUUUAUAUUCUUUAAUUUGCGGUUGGAAUGUCUGGAAUAGGACAAUGUCAUUGUCAUUGUGCGCAAGCAUCUUUCUCUUCCAUUGACUGGAAGAGAAAGAUGCUUGCGCACAAUUCCUGACUUCUACUCAUUUGGAGCAGUUGGUACAGAGUUUAUUUUAAUAGGUUGAUCGAAGUUUUCGUCAAAUUGGAAAUGCAGCAUCUCGUGACAACUUUGUCAAAAGUAUAAGCAGUGAUUUUCCAAACCCUGAUUUGCAUUGUCUACAGACAACGCAGUUAACUGGCCCGAACUAAAUUUUAACUAUUAAAACGAACACUUACUAACUUUGGGUGGGUUAUCUUUUCAGAAUGACAUUUCAUCAUGAUUUUUUUUCAAGGAACUCUUUAUUUACGAAUAAAGAAUUAAUGUUUUUCAGCAAUCUGGAUACUAUAUUCUACAGUUUUAUCGUUUUCUCCAAAAUUUCCCUCCCGCUGUUUGUAUACCAACAUUUAUCUGCUUCUGCAGUUUUUUCGCACGAAAAAUAUCAAUAGUGUCAAAAUCUGAAAGCAAAUAUCAAUACAACCGCAUUCUGCCGCCACCGCCCUUUAACCUUUGUAAGUUUCCCAGCUAAGAAUAUCACACAAUCAGAUCAGCUCCAAGAUAACAUGGAGAUUAACUAGGACGGUUUUGUUUCAUUGCGACAAUAUCUUUAAAGUAAGGUUGAAGUACUUAAUGAGACAUUCAAAAAUUGACCACCAAUACAAUGUUUCAUGGAAUCCAUUAGGAAAUUGAGUAAUUUUGAUUUUCAGUGGACAAAAACCUCGUACCAGAAUAAUUUAAACAAUAUCGCAUUCUUUUUUACAUUUUUCAAGGGUUAAAGAUAUUUAAUUAGUUAUCUGUAAUAACACCAAAGACUAUUUCUCAUGGGAGCCCAAGAAAAUAAAUGUAAAUUUUCACAAGAAUUGUGAAAACACAGGUAAAAUUCUAAAAAUUUCAUGUGUAAGAUGUCAUUCUGUUAAAUUUGACAUUUAUUUUCUCGGGCUCUCAUAAGAAAUUUUGUUUGGUNAAAAACCUCGUACCAGAAUAAUUUAAACAAUAUCGCAUUCUUUUUUACAUUUUUCAAGGGUUAAAGAUAUUUAAUUAGUUAUCUGUAAUAACACCAAAGACUAUUUCUCAUGGGAGCCCAAGAAAAUAAAUGUAAAUUUUCACAAGAAUUGUGAAAACACAGGUAAAAUUCUAAAAAUUUCAUGUGUAAGAUGUCAUUCUGUUAAAUUUGACAUUUAUUUUCUCGGGCUCUCAUAAGAAAUUUUGUUUGGUGUUAUCAAAGACGACUUAUUGCAUCUAUAGCCCUUGAAAAAUGUAAAAACGAAUGCGAUAUUGUUUAUUAUAAAUUAUUCUUUCUGGUACAAGGUUUUUGUCCUCUGAAAAUUAGAAUGGCUCAAUUUCUUAAUGGAUUCCCUCACUAUGAUACGAUGACCACAUUAAGAGAAAACUGACUAAAGAAAAGUCAGAAUAGAAAAUUAAAUGUUUUUAUGCUUUCUUUUAAAAUAUAAACCCCGCAAAAAUGUCAAGGCGUAAAUUCAUUGACAAGGAUGGCCAUAAACCCAUUUACAGAAUGUUUAAUGCUGGUCUUAAGCGUUAAGCCGAUGUUAGAGUAGAAAAUGAAAAAAAGAACAACAAAAAUCAUUUAGAAGUGCUGCCUUUUUAAAAAUAAGAAAGAAUAUAUAUAACACUAAAAAUAAUGUUUUUAAAAUGCCAGUUUCGUUUAAAACAAUCAUCAGGAAUGGGCUUGAAUGGCUACUAGAACAGGUCCAUUUCUGACAUUUCUCAUAUAUUUUUUGCAUAUGGCUAAUUGACUGUUUUGUUAUAGAAAAACAAAACUGACAGCACAAUUUUCAAGCACGUGAAAGAGAUGAAUGGAUUUCACACGUUUUCGUCCCAUAAGUACUACAGGGAAACUCCACAUGAUAUGUACAUAGCACUUCAGAAGGAUGGAAUACCAAGAAAAGGCAACAAAACGUGCAGGCUUCAUAAGGGAUCGCAGUUUUUAAUUAUUUAG